GAGAGGUGAAGGGUCAGGGCGGGGUCGACGGAGCUCGGGCUCACAGCGGCGGCAACAUGGCGUCUACGGCGGCUGGGAAGCAGCGAAUCCCCAAAGUGGCGAAGGUGAAAAACAAAGCGCCAGCAGAAGUACAGAUCACAGCAGAACAGCUGUUAAGAGAAGCAAAGGAGAGAGAACUUGAACUUCUUCCACCACCUCCGCAACAAAAGAUCACAGAUGAAGAAGAGCUAAAUGACUACAAGCUUCGGAAAAGGAAGACCUUUGAAGAUAAUAUAAGAAAAAACAGGACUGUUAUCAGUAACUGGAUAAAGUACGCACAAUGGGAGGAAAGCCUAAAAGAAGUACAAAGAGCUCGUUCCAUCUACGAGCGUGCUUUAGACGUGGACUACAGAAAUGUCACUCUCUGGCUGAAGUAUGCAGAAAUGGAAAUGAAGAACCGCCAGGUUAACCAUGCCCGCAAUAUCUGGGAUCGAGCCAUCACUACCCUCCCCAGGGUCAACCAGUUCUGGUACAAGUAUACUUACAUGGAAGAGAUGUUGGGGAACGUUGCUGGAGCACGUCAGGUGUUUGAACGCUGGAUGGAGUGGCAACCGGAGGAACAAGCUUGGCAUUCCUAUAUUAACUUUGAACUGAGAUACAAGGAGGUGGAGCGGGCACGCACUAUUUAUGAGAGAUUUGUCAUUGUGCAUCCUGAUGUUAAGAAUUGGAUCAAGUACGCCCGCUUUGAAGAGAAACACAGUUACUUUGCCCAUGCAAGAAAAGUAUAUGAGAGAGCAGUGGAGUUCUUUGGAGAAGAACAUAUGAAUGAGCAUUUGUUUGUGGCCUUUGCAAAAUUUGAGGAGAACCAGAAAGAAUUUGAGAGGGUGAGAGUGAUCUACAAAUAUGCCCUGGAUAGAAUUCCAAAACAGGAGGCCCAAGAACUCUUCAAAAAUUACACCGUCUUUGAAAAGAAGUUUGGAGACAGAAGAGGCAUUGAAGACAUUAUUGUCAGCAAAAGGAGAUUCCAGUACGAAGAGGAAGUGAAGGCUAAUCCCCACAAUUACGAUGCAUGGUUUGAUUACUUGCGGUUGGUUGAAAGUGAUGCAGAUCCGGAUACUGUACGUGAAGUUUAUGAAAGAGCCAUUGCCAACGUUCCACCAAUUCAAGAGAAGAGACAUUGGAAGAGAUACAUAUAUCUCUGGAUCAAUUAUGCAUUGUAUGAAGAACUGGAGGCAAAGGAUCCAGAACGAACCAGACAGGUAUAUCAAGCAUGUGUGGAACUCAUUCCCCACAAAAAGUUUACAUUUGCCAAAAUGUGGCUGUUGUAUGCUCAGUUUGAAAUAAGACAGAAAAAUCUUCCAUUUGCCAGAAGAGCUUUGGGAACAUCCAUAGGAAAAUGCCCAAAGAACAAACUAUUUAAAGGCUACAUUGAACUGGAGCUACAACUGCGGGAGUUCGAUCGCUGUCGGAAACUGUAUGAAAAAUUCCUAGAGUUUACACCUGAAAACUGCACGUCAUGGAUUAAAUUUGCUGAGUUAGAAACCAUUCUUGGUGAUACUGACAGAGCCCGGGCAAUAUACGAAUUGGCUAUUGGUCAACCUCGGUUAGACAUGCCAGAGGUUCUUUGGAAAUCCUACAUUGACUUUGAAAUUGAGCAAGAAGAGUAUGAGAAAACAAGAAACCUUUACCGCAGAUUGCUUCAGCGGACACAGCAUGUCAAGGUAUGGAUCAGUUUUGCUCAGUUUGAACUGUCCGCGGGAAAAGAGGAGAGCUUGCUAAGAUGCAGACAGGUAUACGAAGAGGCUAAUAAAACAAUGCGAAACUGCGAAGAGAAGGAGGAGAGACUCAUGCUUCUGGAAUCCUGGAGAAACUUUGAAGAGGAGUUUGGAACAGAUUGCAAUAAAGAGAGAGUAGAUAAACUUAUGCCAGAUAAAGUCAAGAAGAGAAGAAAAUUAAAGGCUGAAGAUGGGUCCGACGCUGGCUGGGAGGAAUAUUAUGAUUAUAUCUUUCCAGAAGAUGCUGCCAACCAGCCCAACCUCAAAUUGCUUGCUAUGGCUAAACUUUGGAAGAAACAGCAACAAGAAAAUGAGGCUGAAGAGAUGGAUCCAGACAAGGACAUCGAUGAGAGCGAAUCCUAGCGCUGCUUUUCUCCUCCUCUGCCCCCCUGUGCAUUUGAUUUUUGUACAGUAUUUCAUCUGUGACUGACUGAAUAAAUGUAUUUGAGUAACUUUUUAAUACUAAGUUGUUAGAAAAGCGCCAAGCAGGUGACCCCUUUCCUAAGAGACUGCGUAUGAACCUCGUUUAACACUUUCUAAAUUCCCCCUAAAUUCCUUUUCAUAUUCUCUGAUCACAGUAGCUGGAAAUGGAACACAUACAGUCCAGUUGUUUUCUAAGCCUUCUACGGGGGGCUUAAAACACUUUCAUUAUAUGCCAGUGUGCAGAUGUUAAUUUUUUUCAGUGAGUUAAAUAUUUGCCCACCCUCUCUCUAGCUUUAAAGCUAAAGGGUCAAUUUGAGUUUAAUAACAUUCCGUUCAGCUAGAAGUUCCCAGGGAGGUAUUGGACUGGGGCCAUGGCUACACCAUGGGGGUAAGUCUACCUAAAUUACGCAACUCAUGAAUGAUGUAGCUUAGGUUGACUUACUGCAGUGACUACACUACGCUAGGUGGACAGGAAACAUUCUCCCAUUGACUUACCUUAUGCUUCUCAUUCCAGUGGAGUACCAGAGUCAAUGGGAGAGCGAUCUGCGGUCAAUUUAGAGGGUCUUCACUAGACCCGCUAAAUUGACCCCCAGUGCAUUAAUCGCCGCAUACAAUGUAAUACCCAAAGCGACCAAUGUGCUUUGUAACUUUUGUUAGGGCAAUUUGGAGGGGAGUGUCUGACUUUUCUUUGCCUCAAGAAGCCAAUCUCCCGUUUGUUCCCUACUUCUGAGGAAAGAGGCUUAUUUCAAUGAUCAGACUAAAAUCCAUGUAUUAUUCAAAUCUUUCUGUGGAGAAAGUCUGGGAACAUGAAUUAGCUGCUCCUGCUCAGUUCUUAUUCCCACCUCUCACUAAACAGAGCAAAGCACAACUACACAGCAUUAGACUCCUCAUCCUCGAACAAAUCACUCCUGCAGCACACCACCACCAGCCAAAAACAUUUUGUGAGGUUCCUACGACUAGGCCUGCAUCUGCUACCCUCUUCAGCAACAGAAACUGCCCAACAGACAUCGCCCUACUGUUCUGCUCUCCACUAGCUUCCUAUGGCAUGCAAGACAUUGGACCUAGCUAAAAUGCCCCGAGGAAUCCCAUCUGAUCAUGACCAUCUACAACAGGCUCCGUUUUGAUGGAACCACAGAUCUGUCAACCACAUGAGGGAGACGUUACAGAGCUUUCAACAGCUGCCUUAGACUGAAACUCAGCCCCUGAAAACAUUUGAGCACCCACACAAAGCUUCUGUCAGUUGUUUAACUUUCCAUCAAUUAAAAAUCUGCGAGGAGGAAAUGUUAAAGUGCUGCUCCGUCACUGCACUGAGCACAGUAUUAAAAAAAUAACUAGACUGCAGCCUAAAGUUUUCAUUUUUUAGUAUAGGACUUGCUACUCUAACUUGGUAACAAAUGGUGCCACCUUUUCUGAUUUCAGAACUUUGUGUCUUGGCCUGUAAAAUCUAAUUUUCUGUAAAGAGCGAAUAAAUGUACUUUUUUUUUUUACAGUUUUAGAACAGUGCUGACUUACCUCCAAUAAUACUGUACAGAACACACACAACUGGAUUGGUCUAAUCAAUAACUGAUGCAUAAUAUCCCACUUUCUGCCAAAGCUGAUUUUUAAAUGAGAAAACUAAUUAAGGAAGGCUACAACAAUGCAUGUGAACAUGACAUAAAAUAAACAGUGUAAGAGAGCGCCAUGGCUCAACUUUACACAAACCAGCAUCACA